AUGUGGGAUCCAGGAGUAGGUGAUGGCUAUGAUGUACUCUGGGAAACCCAGAGUGAUGAUUUUGUGCAUGAGGCCCUCGAGCUAAACCCAAUCAAAGGCUUUAGCUACAUCGAGGAAGAUGGCACCCUUAGUCUGAUGGUCUUGGAGGCCUUUCAGGUAACUCUAAGCAGGUUUGUGCCAGUCAAUUUAGCCAUUGCACAUGCGCACAAUGAUACAGAUGGAACAGUUUACAAUGUGGGAACCAGUUUUGGAAUCCAAUGUUCUUCCUCCUUCCUUACUCCAUCCUAUUGCAUAAUUAAAUUUCCUCCUAAAGAGGAAAAAAAUGCCAGCCCUUUUGAGCAUGCAUCCGUGAUUAGCCAGAUCCCGUCGUCCAGGUUCUUGAAAUUAAGCUACCACCAUAGCUUCGGCAUGACAGAGAAUUACUUUAUAUUUGUGGAGCAGCCUCUAUACCUUUCCAUGCUGCGACUGGCGUGGUCGCAUUUCGUCGCAGGAACCUACUCUGAUGCAAUGCACUGGGACGAAAAUGAGAAGACUCGCUUCCAUGUUGUUCGACGAACAGAUGGAAAGCUUCUGGAUACCGUUUAUGUUUCUAAAGGUUUCUUCGUGUUUCAUCACAUAAACGCUUAUGAAGAAGAUGAGCAUCUUGUGGUAGAUAUGUGUUGCUACGACGAAGGUGAAGUGAUAAAUUCAUUGUAUGUAAAAGCUCUAGAAGAACUUUUCUCGAAUCCAAAAUUACCUUCCUACACUUUUGUUUCAAGAGGGAAAAGGUACGUUUUGCCGCUAAGGAAGUUUGGAGACAACACAGACGAAAAACAAAAUCUUGUCAGUUUACUAAAUUCUGAAGCCAAAGCCUAUCGUCUGUCUGGAGGCAGUAUAUUUCUAGAGCCAGAAACUCUCUCCGGUUCAGAUCCUUGGUGUCCAGAACUUCCAAGAAUUAAUUACGAUUAUAAUGGACGAAAAUAUAAAUAUUACUACGCUAUAGCAAGGAAGGAUGAAACUGUAGACAAUGUGCAUUUGAUUAAAGUGGAUACAGUAAGUCGAACCACAGUAUCUUGGAGCGAAGAAAAUGUUGUACCUUCUGAACCUGUUUUCAUAGCGGAGCCGAAUUCUGUUAAUGAAGACUCUGGUGUUAUAUUAGCCUCUCUUCUAUACAAAGAUGACGAAACCAAAGUUUCCAUGUUAGUUUUAAAUGCGAAAACAAUGAAAGAAAUUGGAAGAGUUACCUUCGCUACGAAUGCGUCUGUACCUGGUGACUUUCAUGGGACUUUUAUAUCUAAAGCUUAAUUUUUCCCCCUACGUUUUAAAUCAAAAGUGACAGUUUUUCGUUUUUUUCACAUUUCUGAUGUGUACCAACUAUGGAGAAAAGUACAUUUGCUGAAUUUAUGUAAUAAGUGUUCAAAUUUUAUGAAUUUAUACAAGAUUUUGAAAAUGCUUACAUGUUUUCUGAUUGUAAUUUUAUUUAAAUUUUAUUAAAGUAGUUUUGAUAUAUGUA